CGUGCGCGCGCGGGCUCCUCCUCCAGAGAUGUCGCAGGAGCAUCUCCUGUCAGCGCGGCCUUUCUUUGCUCCGCUCCUUUUCUUUGACACCUCGCCGCGUCGGAGCCCGGCGUCUUGAUCAUCUUCUCCAUCUUCGCCAUCGUCCAUCAUCGCCGGCGGUCCCUGAGGAGCAGCGCUAGCCCCCUUGGAUCCACGUCCUGUCUGAAGAAUCGGCAAACUUUUGGCCCCUCUCUCCAUCCGCCGAUCUCCACUUGACCCCACGCCCGCGUCCAUGGACUUGCUGUGAACCUGGAGGGAGGGGCGACAGGCGAGACCACGGUGAAGAAAGCUGUGAUCCAGGUGCUCCUGAAGUGCUCCUGCUCGCUGUUCUUCAUCCGCCCUCCUCCGCUUCCUCCUCCUCCAGUCAUGGAGAAGUGAAGGAGCAGCAGACGGCAAGACCGAGGAGAAGUUCAAGCAAUAAGGAGUCAAGGAAGGGGUGAGGCGGGCUGUGGAGCCCAUGAACAAGCUGUCAGCAGACACACCAGCGGGUCACUGAGCUGAGGACGGACAAGGAGGGAGGAACACAACACGGAUCCGCCUCGGGUCAUGUCAACAACGGCAACCAUGGGCGACAUGGCCAACAGCACCGUGGAGUUUUACCCCAAAGGGGCUCGCGGGGGAGGGAGGGAGGAGGGCAGCCACAGCGCGGGAGACUUUGGGGUCACGUUGACGGAACUGAGGGAGCUGAUGGAGCUCAGGGGGAACGACGCCCUGCAGAAAAUCCAGGAAAGCUUCGGAGACACAGAGGGCCUCUGCCAGAGACUACUGUCCAGCACGUCUGACGGUCUCAGCGGGGACCCAGUAGACCUGGAGCGUCGUGGUCAGGUCUACGGCCAGAACUUUAUCCCCCCCAAAAAACCCAAGACUUUCCUGGAGCUGGUGUGGGAGGCCCUGCAAGAUGUCACGCUCAUCAUUCUGGAGAUCGCCGCCAUCAUCUCUCUUGCCCUCUCCUUCUACCAGCCGCCUGGAGACGAAACGGAGUCGUGCGGCAACGUGUCGGCAGGAGGGGAGGACGAAGGCGAGGGGGAGGCCAACUGGAUCGAGGGCGCCGCCAUUCUGCUGUCGGUGGCGUGUGUCGUCCUGGUAACGGCGUUCAACGACUGGUCCAAAGAAAAGCAGUUCCGGGGCCUGCAGAGUCGAAUCGAGCAGGAGCAAAAGUUCACGGUGGUGCGGAAAGGAAAUGUCAUCCAGAUCCCGGUGGCCGACAUGGUGGUGGGGGACAUGGCACAGGUGAAGUACGGGGACCUGCUACCAGCCGACGGUGUCCUGGUCCAAGCCAACGAUCUGAAGAUCGACGAGAGCUCUCUAACGGGAGAGUCUGACCACGUACGCAAAUCUGUGGAUAAGGACCCGAUGCUGCUCUCAGGCACACACGUGAUGGAGGGUUCAGGCCGCAUGCUGGUGACGGCGGUUGGCAUCAACUCCCAGACGGGCAUCAUCUUCACGCUGCUUGGGGCCGGAGAUGUGGAAGAAGAUGGUAAAGAAAAGAAAGAGGACAGUACUCAGUUGCUGGUCAACACAGAUGCCAGUUUCAGCACAGUCACCAACGGAAAACAACCCGAUGGCGCCGUGGAGAACAACCAGAACAAAGCUAAGAAGCAAGAUGGUGGCGUCGCCAUGGAGAUGCAGCCCCUCAAAAGCGCGGAGGGAGGAGAAGUGGACGACCGAGAGAAGAAGAAGACCAACAUACCGAAGAAGGAGAAGAGUGUCUUGCAGGGCAAGCUCACCAAACUGGCGGUUCAAAUUGGCAAAGCAGGUUUAGUGAUGUCCGCUAUUACUGUUAUCAUCCUGGUGCUCUACUUUGUCAUCGACACCUUUGUUGUUGAAGGCCACGUGUGGGUGACAGAAUGUACCCCGGUCUACGUCCAGUACUUUGUCAAGUUCUUCAUCAUUGGAGUCACCGUGCUUGUGGUCGCCGUGCCGGAGGGUUUGCCGCUCGCCGUCACCAUCUCUCUGGCGUACUCUGUCAAGAAAAUGAUGAAGGACAACAACCUUGUGCGCCACCUGGACGCGUGUGAGACCAUGGGCAACGCCACUGCCAUCUGCUCCGACAAGACGGGCACGCUCACCACCAACCGCAUGACCGUGGUUCAGGCUUACGUCGGUGACAUGCACUACCGUGUGAUCCCGGACCCAGGCCAGAUCAACCCCCGGACACUGGACAUAUUAGUCAACGCUAUCGCAAUCAACAGUGCCUACACCUCCAAGAUCUUACCACCAGAUGUGGAGGGAGGUCUGGCCAAGCAAGUGGGCAACAAGACGGAGUGUGGCCUCCUGGGAUUUGUACUGGACCUGCAACAGGACUACAUGUCCGUCAGAGACCAGAUCCCUGAAGAGAGACUCUACAAGGUGUACACAUUUAACUCGGUGCGAAAAUCCAUGAGCACAGUGACCAAGCUGCCAGAUGGUUCCUUCCGUCUCUACAGCAAAGGAGCCUCGGAGAUCAUGCUAAAAAAGUGUUCUUACGUACUCGAUGCCAAUGGAGAAUCUCGCACUUUCCGCCCACGUGACAGAGAUGAGAUGGUCAAACAGGUGAUUGAGCCGAUGGCGUGUGAGGGACUGAGGACCAUCUGCAUCGCUUACCGUGACCUGCCCACCAAUCCAGAGCCCGACUGGGAAAACGAGACCGAGAUUGUGACGGAGUUGACCUGCAUCACUGUGGUCGGGAUUGAAGAUCCAGUACGACCUGAGGUACCGGACGCCAUCCGGAAGUGUCAGCGUGCGGGCAUUACUGUGCGGAUGGUGACUGGCGAUAACAUCAACACAGCCAGGGCCAUUGCUGCCAAAUGUGGAAUCAUCCACCCUGGGGAUGACUUUAUCUGUCUCGAGGGCAAAGACUUCAACCGACGAAUCAGGAACGAGAAAGGAGAGAUUGAACAAGAACGCAUCGAUAAAAUCUGGCCUAAACUGCGCGUGUUGGCUCGCUCUUCACCAACAGACAAACACACUCUUGUCAAAGGCAUCAUUGACAGCAGCGUCCUAGAACAGAGGCAAGUGGUUGCAGUGACAGGCGAUGGAACCAACGAUGGACCUGCUCUAAAGAAGGCUGAUGUCGGCUUCGCUAUGGGCAUCGCGGGGACAGACGUGGCGAAAGAGGCAUCUGACAUCAUCCUGACCGAUGACAACUUCAGCAGCAUCGUCAAGGCGGUGAUGUGGGGACGAAACGUCUACGACAGCAUCUCCAAGUUCCUGCAGUUCCAGCUCACAGUGAAUGUGGUGGCCGUCAUAGUGGCCUUCACCGGGGCCUGCAUCACUCAGGACUCACCUCUGAAGGCAGUGCAGAUGCUGUGGGUGAACCUCAUCAUGGACACGUUUGCUUCCCUGGCCCUGGCCACCGAGCCCCCGACUGAGGCACUGUUGCUACGGAAACCCUACGGCCGCAACAACCCGCUCAUUUCCCUCACAAUGAUGAAAAACAUCUUGGGCCACGGAGUGUACCAACUCGUCAUCAUUUUCACCCUGCUCUUCAUAGGCGAGCGCAUUUUCAACAUCGACAGCGGCCGCAACGCUCCGCUCCACUCGCCGCCGUCCGAGCACUACACCAUCAUCUUCAACACGUUUGUGCUCAUGCAGCUCUUCAACGAGAUCAACGCACGCAAGAUCCACGGGGAGCGCAAUGUCUUUGACGGCAUAUUUUCCAACCCCAUCUUCUGUUCCAUUGUUCUGGGGACCUUCGCAGUGCAGAUCGUGAUUGUGCAGUGGGGAGGGAAGCCGUUCAGCUGCGCUCCGCUCAACAUGGAGCAGUGGCUCUGGUGUCUGUUCGUGGGAGUUGGAGAGCUGCUCUGGGGUCAGGUAAUUGCCACCGUGCCGACGGAGCGGCUGCCGUGUCUGAAGGAAGCGGGGCUUGGUCUGGAGCCAGGGGAGGAGGAAGGGGAGGAGCUUGCAGAGGAUGAAGAGGAGAUUGAUUGUGCUGAGAGGGAAUUGCGUCGUGGACAGAUCCUCUGGUUCAGAGGCCUCAACCGCAUCCAGACUCAGAUGGAGGUAGUGAGCACGUUCAAGCGAAGCGGCUCGUUUCAGGGAGCAGUGAGAAGGCGCUCCUCCGUGCUCAGUCAGCUCCACGACAUGCGGGUGGUGAAAGCGUUCCGUAGUUCUCUGUACGAGGGCCGGGAGAAGCCAGAGUCCCGCAACUCCAUCCACAACUUCAUGGCCCACCCGGAGUUCCUCAUCAACGACCUCAUCCACAACAUCCCGCUGAUCGACGACACAGACGUGGACGACGAGUCCGAGCUCAGCAGAUACCAGCACGUGCACCCGGCCCUUCGCAAGCCGCCGCCCCCGCCCGCCCAGUCCCAGCCUGCGUCCCGCAGCCGCCCCGCCCGCCCGUACCGCCAGCAAAGCCUCCCCGUGACCCGAUGCAACCGGAACAACAACAACAACACGGUAGUUGCCCCCGGCAACUACCGUCCCCAUCAUUGCCACCAUCGACACUGCGGCAGGGACCGGUUGGGGAAUCCCCCCGGCCCUCACCUGGCCCACCUGUACUGUGUGGAGACCACCUUAUGACUGGGCGGGGAGGACAGGGAGGACGCACAUGUGACAUUUCCAUCCAAUCGCUCGACAGGGCGGACAUGCGGGAGGACAAUGGCUGCUCCUAGAUCUCCAUGACGACACCACCACCGCCCCCACCCCCCUUCCCCAACCUCACCUUGACCCUCCACCCCUCCAGGUAACGAGCUGUGGGUUUGGGGCUACAGGGCGGCAUGGGGACCACUCUCUCCCGCGUUUCUAUUGGUCACAUGUGGUUGCCAUGACGCCGCAAUGAUCCGCUCGUCGUCCAAUCGUUCAAGCUUUAACUCAUCGUCUGUCACCCCCGCAUGAUAUUUCUUUGAUUUCCUCUCUCUCUCUCUCUCUCUCUCUCUUUCUCUCUCUCUCUCUCUCUCUCUCUCACUGCGCGUGUGUUGUCUCUUAUGGGUAGGAGGGGUUACAAAACCAGAAACUUGUUAGAAAAAGACCCAAUUCCAGACAAUUAUUUUCCAUUUAGUAUACCGUAUUUCCUUGAACAGCUGCCGGGGCGCUAAUUAAUUUAAAACCUCUGCUCACUCCUGCGCUUAUUCAAGGCAUGCAGUAAAAGUAAGCAGGCGCUAAUCAUUUUAAAACCUCUUCUCACCCCUGCGCAUACCAAUAGCAUGCCGUAAAAAAUGGAGUGUGAUAAAAAACUAAAAUUAAUAAAAACUUUUUCUGCUGCCGCAGCCCGGUGGUUGGGGACUACUGCUCUACAACAUGUCAUUGCACCCAUUUUUACACCAUGCUAUCUGCGUACCAGCCAGACACAUGCAUUUCACUGCUUCUCAUACGAGAUUGCAAUGCAUAAUUGGUCAACAGCCAUACCUUUUACACUGAUGGUUGUGAUAUAAACAACUUUAACACUCCUACUAAUAUGCGCCACACUCUGGGAA